AUGGCAUCUAACAUGUAUCACUGUGUUUCUUGUGAGUUUUCCUCGGAAAAGCAGAGUAAUUACAUAAAGCAUUUAGCAACUCUAAAACAUAAAGCGUUAAUUGAAUUGACACAAUUUAGUGAAGCAGGAGAAGCUGGUACUAGUAGUAGCACAUCGGAGAAUGCAGCAAGAUCAGAUGAGAAGCAGGUUUUUACAGAGGACUUUUUCCCCUUCUCAAACAGACUUGAGCUACUGCUUUACGUGUUACGUGGGUCUAAAUAUCAUUGUAUUGAUCAGGAACUGUUCAAGUUUAUUUUGCUCAUUAUUAUAGUAGUUGUUGAAGAUAACAUAAAAACUGUUCCACCAUUCCAUAAAAUAUGGAAUCUAAAGGUUGAUGGAUUGGAACUUAAACAAUCUGUGUCUUCUAAUAAUGGAAAAGAUGUUUCUUUCAUAAAACCAUCAGACAUUAUUGAAAUGCAGCUGUCCAAGAAACUUACAGCAGUACAGUUACAAAGAUUUCCAAGAUGUGGACAUGUCUUUGAAGGUCAAAGUAGUGGCAGCAAGUGGAGGACAGAGAUUAAGUCAUUGAUGGCCCUUAAUUCAGUUUCAGAGAGAAUUUAUGUUGGUGACAGAGUAAAGAAUGGAAUCAAUGGAGAGUCUGGGAGUAUUAUACAUUUUUUUUGCCAGGAAUUUGAAGAUACAGAGAAAAUCUAUGCAUCUGUUAAGUGUGAUAGUACCAGAACUAUUACUGUAAGAGCAGAUGGUCUGAUGAAGUUGGACGAGUCAAAUGUGUAUGAAGGAAACGAUUUUGAAAGAGUUAAAAAUCUGGUUCAGAUGUCAAAACAGCUAGACAUGGACAUCUACACUGUUCCUGUUAACAUAUUUGUGGAUGACACUAGUGGAAACAGGUCCAAAAAAUGGAACCCUUUACAGGUUUGGACCCUUCAGUUGGCUGGACUUCCAACAGAUGAAAAAAUGAAAAAAUCCACUCACCAUUUCAUUGGCGUUACUCAACCAGAAGAUGACUCAUUUAUUACAUCUGUAGUGGAUGACUUGAAUCAUCUGUUUUAUGAUGGUAAAGUAAUGUACGAUGCCGCUAAAAAUAAAGAUGUAAUUGUAACAUCGCAAAUUGCAGUUGGAUUAAUGGAUAAUAGCAUGGCGUCAGAAUUUUGUCAUCAUAUGGGUGCAGCAGCCAAAGAAAACUGUAGAUUUUGCCGCUUUGGAAACAACCACUUAAACAUCAGAGAUACCAGAACGAAGGAAAAAACUGAGGAUAUACUAAAGGAAAUUGAAACAUCAAUUAAUGGUAAAGAAACUUCAACCAGAUAUGGAAUCAAGAAAAAAGCAAUUGCUGAGGAGAUGAACAAAGCUGCUUGUUGGGAUCCACACAGCGUUUUACCAAUUACAAUUGUUCAAUAUACAAACAAAGCAAAAUGCAGAAUUGGGAAUUCUGUUCAUGUGGAGGUUGGAUGGAUAGAGUCCAGUAAAGAGACAAGUAUAAACUACACAUUUGCUAGAAUCAGAAAUAAUCCAGGAACUUCCUUCAAAUGA